GCAGGGAUUCGCUUCCAUGGAAAGUCUGAACCCCCUCCGAGCGCCGGCGGCGCCUCUCUGCCCUGGGGAGCCGGGAUUAGGUCAGGAAAUGAGGCACAAGCAGAGACUCCUCCGGCUGCAUCCCGGCCGCGCUCCCGCCCUUUCCCGUCAUUCCAGCAGGAUGAGAGCGGCGGAGCUCCUGGUGCUGUGUCUGCCAGCGCUCCUGGUGCAGGGACAGUUCAGCCGGUUCGAGGGCAUCACCUACCCCGAGCCAGUCCAGUACUCCCAGUACGACCAGCAGGCAGAAAUUCAGGAUUACUACGACUACCACGAUGUCACCCCCCGAGCCCCAGAGGAGCAGUUCCGGUACCAAUCCCAGCAGCAAUCCCAGCAGGAAACCGUGCCAGCCCCGACCCCAGCUGCGGUGCCCGAGACGGAGCCCACGGAGCCGGGACCGCUCGACUGCCGGGAGGAGCAGUACCCCUGCACCCGGCUCUACUCCGUGCACAAGCCCUGCAAGCAGUGCCUGAACGAGAUCUGCUUCUACAGCCUCCGCCGCGUUUACGUCAUCAACAAGGAGAUCUGCGUCCGCACCGUGUGCGCCCACGAGGAGCUGCUGCGAGCCGACCUGUGCCGGGACAAGUUCUCCAAGUGCGGGGUGAUGGCCACGAGCGGCCUGUGCCAGACCGUGGGCGCGUCCUGCGCCCGCAGCUGCGGCGGCUGCUGAGCCCCGGCCCCGCUGCGGCCCCGCUGCGGACCCGCCCCGCGCCGCUGCAGCUCCCGUGCAUGAACGAGCAGCUCCCCGAAGCCCCGGGAUUCCUCUUUUCUUUGUGCACAUAAUAAUUAAAUCGGGGGGGUUUGUUA